AUGCCCAGCCCCCAGUUCUGGAACCAGACACACAGGCUCCUGGAGGACUCGGAGCCACUGGAGCACCUCCUCCAGUGGCACCUGCUCGAUUCUGCAGGGAGGGACGAGGGCAUAGGGCCAGCAGACCAGCCCCCAGCGUUGAGCGGGCAGAGCCAGGAGAGCCAGGCCCAGAGAGGGUCCCGCAGGCUCCUGGGCCCCCUGCGCCCCCUCCCCACCUUCCUGAGCCUCCAGACCUGCAGCGGCCCCUCCCUCUCCGCUUGCCCGUUCCCUCCAGCACCUGCCUCGGCUGGAUUCACUGUGACCUCUGCAGUGCCUGGCCCAGCCCAGGGCCUGGCUCAAGGCUCAGAACACAGGCAAUUCUCCAUCAACAAUCAAAGGCAGGUCCCUGCCCUGAACCAGCGUAGCGCCACCCUCACCAGCGGGAACCCAGGGCAGGGGGGGAAGCCCCCCGGCCUCCUCCCUCAGGUCAGCCUGAGCCGUCGGCAGCCCCAUCAGCCCCAGCAAGCCGGGCCAGCGCCCAGAUGCCAGCGCCCCCACGCCUCCUCCGGGUGGCACAGGCAGCCGCACUCUGCAGGAGCGCUCCCUCCUGGAGACACCCAGCCUCCAGAGGAGGAAGCCACACAGAGGAAGCACAAACAGCCUCAGACCGCCCCGGUGCGGGGGCGCCUCGCGCAGUCGGGCCUCCACCUCCAGCCCCGCCCCCGCGCGGGGAGGAGACGCCUCCAGCUCCAGGGCGACGGGGAAGCCCGACCCCGGAGGGGACCCCCCAACACACACACACACACUCGGCUCGACCCCUCCCGGGGCCCUGGGGAGACCCCAGACCCUGGGGUGCCGUCCCAUCCCGCCUCCGCCGAGCGCCAGCGGGCGCCGUGGGCCGGCUGGAGACCAAGGCGACGCUGGGGCGCCACGGGAGCGGGACGCGGGGCCGGCCCGCGGGAAGGAGCUCGCACGGCUGGCGCUGCCCUUCCGCCCGGAGACCGCGGGGACCGGGGCACAGAACGGCCCGCGCCCCCGCCGGCCCUGCCUCUCCGCAGAGGGGGCGCACUGACGCCACGGUCCCCACCUGAGCGCGGGCUCGACCCCCAGCCGGGGAACCCGGCACAACCCCAGGCACGGGGACACUUUCCCCCGGGCCCGCAGAAGAGCCGCUGCCCCACUCCCAGUCCCAGCCCCGAAGGGAGACCCUCUACCCCGGGUCCCGCGACCUCCAGCCCCGAGAGCUCCGGUCCACCGGCCCUCCUCUGGGCAGCGCCGAGCGCGGGAGCCAGCCAGAGGCCACCUCCCGGAGCCCCGGAGUCCCCGCCGCAGCUCGCGCCCCCGAGGCCGGAGGGCGCCGUCCCCUCAGCCCGUUCCCCGCGGGCCACAACUCACCGCGCGCCGGCGAGCGCUCGGAGGCGCAGGGAGGCGGCGGCCGGAGGCUGGCGGCUCGCGGUGGCCGGAGCCCGGGCCGCGGCGGGCGGUUCUGACGCUGCGGACCGACCCCGGCGAGGAGCCGCCCGGAGUCCGGGACGCAGCGGGGAGGAGCUGGCGGUCGCCCGGCCCGGGCUGCCUCCGAGCGCGCGGCGGGCGGCUGCUGCUCCGGCGAGAGCGAGCCGCCGAGCUAGGGAGCGGCGGGCGGCUCGGCUCCGUCCGCCGCGGAGCCCGGCGUCCGAGCACUGGGGAGAGAGGGAACGGCUCCGCGAGCGGCGUCCGGCCGAGGGCUCCGCGCUGGGAAGGCGGUGGAGCGGGAGCCGAGCCGCGAGCGCCGCCGGCCGAGAUGCGGGCGCCCGGAGGCGCCGCGGCAGCCGCACGGCAGCAGGAGAAAAAGGAGAGCGAGCGAGAGAGCGCGCUGGAGAGCGAGGGAGCGAGAGAGGGAGCGGGAGACCGGAGAGCAGUGAAGACGCGAGAGGGGCGGGCUCCGGGAGCACGAGGGCCGAGGGGGCCGCGGCGGCUCAGCCCCGCGCCCACGGCCGCGGCCGCGCUCGGAAAGGCGCGGGCCCGGCCCGCCAAGUUUGCGCGGUAGUGGAGGCCGAGCGCGCGGCUUCCGCCAGCCUUUUAAAGAGGGAGCUGCCUGGGGCCCACCCCCGACCCCGCACCUCUCCGCCGCAAGGCUGGGGCUCACCCCGCGCCCCGCCGCCCCUCCGCACCCGCCCCGCCCUCUGCUCCCUCUCCCACCGCGCCCCACCGACGCCCUCUCCUGGAAGCCCCCUUCUCCCGCCACCCCCGAGGGUGGAUGUCUGCACCUCGACCCGGAGGACCUAG